UUUAAGAAGCGUUGAGACAAAACCGGUGAUUGCAUAAACUGUCGCGAGGCACCUGUCGGACACAUCCAUGUUUUGCGUCUUCAGAAUGUAUUGAGAAAGACGCUCUGAUUGUCCACCGGUCGACCCUGCAAGCAAAGGUGUGAUGGAAGCGGCCAGUACUUCCCUCAGAGAUGACUGCCCUCCCUGGGAAGAUGUGUCUCUGUCUGCCCCUCACAGAGACGAUGGUCUACUGGUCACCCAUGUCAACCAAACACAGGACUUACUGAGGUCACAGGGUCAGGCUGCGGAGUGGAAGAGCUCCUCUGAUUGGCUCCUGACCCACAGUCUCUACAGCUCCGGCCUCUCCCUAUCAACACUCCUCUCACACGGGACCACCAAGAUCAGUGCUGAGGAGGACGGAGGCCACAGCAGACAGCUGGAGAUCACUGCUGCAGCACUCAUUCACUUUGACUUCCAGCUGUACCAGGCCAUUGAGCUGUACCAUGGCAGAAUAAGAUGGCUGAACCAAGGAAGUAUGAAGGUGUUUGGGCUGGUGAAGGGGUCCAGAGUAGGGGUCAUAGUUGACACCUCAGAUGUUAACUGCACCAAGGACAGACUGCCAGAUCUACAGAGGAACCUCCUGUCUCUGAUAGAAGAGCAGCUCAGCUGUAAGCGUCAGCUGUACCUGAUGUCCUGUGGUACUGAGACCAGCAGCCUUUGGGACAGCCCCAGAGACGUCGACACCUUCAGACUGCAGGAGGCUUGUGGCUGGGUGGAUGAGCUGGGAGCCAGGGGGGGAUGUAACCUCCUCCAGGCCUGGAAGAGAGGCCUUGGCCUGGACUGCACUCAGCUUGACUCCUUGGUCAUCGUCCUGGGCUCCAGCCCUGACCAGACCGCAGAUGCCCUCUUUGAUUACGUAGGACAAAGCAUUUUGGGAAGGACGUUGUUGAUCCAUGUGGUGUCCUACUGUAGCAUUAGCCCUCUGACCAUUACAACUGUAAAGAGACUAGCUGAAGUUACACAGGGACGCCACCACAUCUUCUCAGCUUCUCUGGGUGUAGUAGACAGCAGUACAGAUGUGGAGCUGCUGUGGACAGAGAUCAAGGCAGCCAGAGAGCUGCUGGGACACACUGAGGCCCUGCGUCAGGGACGGCUGGGGGACAUGACUGUCACUGUGGUGGGACAGCAGAUUUCCACAGAGUUGGACAGCUUUUCACUCUCUCCUUCGCUCCCCAGACCACCCAAUCACAAUGUCCCCCUGAGCAUCAAGCCCCCAGGUGUCCCGCCCAGCUCCUCGGCUGAUUGGCUGAGGAACCAUGGACUGAAAGCUAAGAGACUGGGGCUGUACCAGGUUCUGUCUCCCAAUGCCUAUUCUCUACUGGAGGGGUUUGUUCCUAUCCUGAACAAGACUGUCAGCUCAACAGUCCAUGAGAAGGCCAUGGUGCAGUGUGAGUGGCAUGAUGGAACGGUGAAGAACGUUCAUGUGGACUUGCCCUUAAUCUACCACUACCAGAAACAGCUGAUGUCUGCAGUGUCUGUGUUGGAGAGGAGGGUGCAGUGGCUGAGCAGUGGGAGCAGGCAGAUCUGGGGGACAGUGUGUGAACAGAGGGUGGUGAUUGUGGUAGACAUGUCUAUGAUGAUCCCUGGCUUCUCUCUCCACAUCCAGCACUCCAUCAGAGUGCUACUGGAGGAGCAGCUGGCCAACAAACACAGCUUCAACAUCAUCGCGUUCGGCUCAGCUGUCAGAGCUUGGAGGGAGAGGUUGGCCCUCACCUCACCAGAGAACCUGCAGGAAGCCUGGCAGUGGGUCCAGGGUUUACAGUGUUCAGGGAGCAGGAACACCAUGGCUGCUCUGAGGCUGUCUCUGGAGGGGGACCUCAAUAGUGGGGCACCCUCCCUCUCUCCCGCUCCUGUUCUCCCUCCAUCCCCCCCUCUCACCCAGGGCCUCUACCUCUUCACCAGUGGAUUGCCUGACCAGGAAAUUGCAACGGUGUCUUCAUAUGUGUCAGAGUGCUGCAGUGUCCGGCCUCUACGUCUCCACAUCUGUCUGUUGACUGGAGAGGAGACAGAGGGACAGACAGAGGUACAGACGGGGGGUUGCCCUCCACCUCGCCAUGCCACCAGGGAGGAGACUGCGGGGGCACUGAGGGAACUGGCACAAGCUGGCAACGGACGCUUCCACUGGAUCAGUGAGACAGGCAUCCUGGAGAGCGAUGACAUAACUGCUCUGAUUGGAGAGAUGGAGAGGGCUGCUAAUUAUUGGCAGAAGCAGCAAAUGAAGGAAGGCCGAACAAACGAGCAUUCCUCCUCUCAGAAGGCUCUCGCAUGGCAUCCCAGUAGUGCCACAUCUACUAUCCCACCGGUACAGCCCAUGACUGGUUGGGGUCCAGUAGAGACUAAAGGCAGGCAGCGGAAGCCUUCUCAGGUCACCCAGUCUGUGUUCUACCUGGAAGAUGGUAACUUGGGUGUGGUGUUCAAGUCUUACCCCAAACCUAAAAGUGUCCGAAAGUCCAUCCCCUUAGUGACUCUGCCAAAGCAGGAAGAGAUCUGCUCGACCAAACGGUGGCUGAAGAGGUUCAGUAUUAAGAGGCAGAAGCUUGACAUCUAUAAGCUGGUGUCUGGACCUGACUGUACUCAUCAUAAGAAGCUGGUCCCUUCGGUCCUCAAGAGAGUGUCUGCCAAAUACUGCUCCAUCUUCCCCAGUGUCCACAUCAAUGGGAUGGUGAAGCACCUGCAGCUGACUCCAGGAGAGUUAAAACAGUACCUUACUCAGACUGAGAGACUCCUGCUGCGCUACAUGCAGAGGCUGCAAUGGCUGCUCUCCGGUAGCAGGCGUGUGUUUGGGGCGGUGCUGGAGAGGGAGGUGUGUGUGCUGCUGGAUGUGUCCGGCUCCAUGGCUCCCUGCCUGGGGGAGCUGAAGACCAAGCUGGCCUCUCUCAUCUGGGAACAGCUGCAUCACAACACAGUCAGGUUCUCUCUGCUGGCGUUCUCCGAGGGGGUGAAGGCGUGGCGUCCGGCACUGCAGGAGCCUACAGAGGAGGCAUGCCGCGACGCGGUGCAGUGGGCAUAUCAGCUCAACACCCAUGGGGGAACCAACACUCUGGAGGCCCUACAGACUGGCUGUGGGUUUGGGGACAGUGUGGGCCUGUACCUGCUGAGUGAUGGGAAGCCAGAUUCCAGCUGCAGCCUGGUGCUGAAAGAGACGGAGAGGCUGACCACAGGGAACCACAUUACUAUCCACACUGUCUCAUUCAACUGCACAGACAGCUCAGCCAAUGACUUUCUGAAGAAACUGGCUCACCAAACUGGGGGUCGGUACCACCGUUGUCAUGACAAUGUGGAUGCGCUCAGUGGGCUGUUGGAAUCGGGCCUUAGUGAUGGAGACGAACCUACCCUGCCGGCCCUCGAGGGAGAUGACUUGAGGAGACUGGCUCAGGAAAUUGACAAACUGAGACAUUUCCGGAAGCAGGCACAGGUCUUCAGGGAAAUCAUUUUGGAAAAGAAGAAUCCAGAGGAAUCAACAAGAAUCAACCAAACAGACUAGAUUACUGUAAACCCAAGAAUUUGACUUCAAUGAUUUUAUAUACACAUUUGUAAUUUAGAUUUUCAAUGACUCAAUAUAUGAAGAAAGUGGUUGUUAAGAGAUUAAAACAGGUGUGCAUGAAUUUUGUCAGAUUAACCAUAUACUGUACACAGUUCUAUUUGACCUAAUUUGGGUGUGCAGUAUGCUUUGUUCAGAUUGACAAAGCUCUGCUUUUCUUAAUUUAAAACUAGAAUGCUUAGUUGCUACAUCCAUUUUUUACUUAUAAAUGAUUUCUAUAUAUAUACCCAUUGAUUCUUGAAGAAUAUAAUGUACUGUAUAAAUGCCUCAUGAGCUUACUUCAACUGUCAUACCCAUCAGAAAGCUUGUUUUACUCCAAUGUUUGUAAAAAAGGUACAUGUGAACAAACACUGUACAGCCUAAAGAGGCAGGGCUGACUGCUUGGUAUUGUUUCUCUAGUUUGAAAUAAAAACACCUAAUAACCUUA